UCAAAGUCGAAAUUUCAAAAGGUGCAGUUUGAAGCAAAUUUAUUCUGCUCCCCAUAACAAUCCUUGACGACACCGCGAUGCCAUAGUCGUGGUUCACUGUCAAUCUAUCUCUCUUCUUUUCUGCCACCCUUCACCAUUCAGGUUAUCGCUGCAAUGGGUCCCAAGCACUCCUCCACCGCCGUCCCCAAAAUUUCCUCUGCGGCUUCGCCCUCAGUUUCCUCUGCGACAACCUCUUCCCAAAAGUCGUCCAUACUAAAAUCCGCUUUUGCUCCAUCCCAGUUUCAACUUCACUUGUUUGCGUCCGUCAUCCAGAGUUUUGAUUCACAACAACUGCGGAUACAUGAUACAUCCUCUGGACGCCUACGUUGUCAGCAUGACACCAAGCCAGGAGCGAGGAUCACAAGUCUCGACUGGGGCUACUACGGACCGGACUUCCACGACCAAAGACAAGGGUCCGACAAGAGGAAACGUAAGCGAGACAACGCUGCCUCCGAGUCUGCGGUAGUUGCCUACGCCACCAGUACUUCAGAGAUCUAUUUCUUCUCACCUGCAGAGGCUAAAGUCGUGGGUACCCUUGUUCACGGACAUGACAGAGGGGUACGCGACUUCAAGUUCACUCCUGGCGAGUACAAACAAGGUUGGAGCAUAGGCGAAGACAGUGUCCUUGUGCAAUGGGACCUGGUCAAGGGCCAACCUAUCAGAUCCAUUAAUCUUCCCGAUCCUGCCAUUUCAAUUCUUGCUGUUCCAUCGACACAGUCUCCUGAAAUUCUGUGUGCAUCAUCCUCCCCGUUCGCAAUCCAUCUCACCGCAUCCGAAAACAUUCAGAUCGACCGAUUCGAUGCAUUCAAAAACCCCAUUCACACCCUUUUCCGUUCUGGUUUAAGCGACUCGGAAGCAUCGCCAUACUUUCUAGCAGCAGACAACGAAAAGUUCCUGAACAUUUACGACAUUACGCAGAAAUCUUUGGUGAAGACACUGGUAGCGGGAAGUGGGGUCGUUGAGGCACAUUUUUCCGAUGCUCCUGUCUCUUCCUAUGGCCAGGGCCAGAUGGUGGCGGCUAUCACGAAAGCUGGUGUCGUCGAGCUGUUUUCGGAUCCAUUUGCUCCAACCACCACGGCAAUUGGUGAAUCUAGGUCUAGCCGACAAAACCUCACCAAGAAAGCUUCCGCGUCUGUCCGGCUUAUAAGUGCCGACACGAAAUCAACGGGAGUUACAAUAACUGCGGCAUCUCUCCAAGGCCCAGAUCUGGUGAUUGUUUCAGCAGUAAGCGGAGUGGACUUGUGUUUCCAAAAGGUUAGAUGGCAAGACGAAGGCAAUGGUGAACUUCUAUUCGAUGGCGUCAAGGAAGUGGUCCGGACCAAGUCGGCAUCUACCUUGAACACAGCCACCCUCAAUGGCGUCAAGGACAUGGGCAAAGCACAUGUCGACGACUCAAAAACCAUUGUGGUCAAUGGUGGAGCAGCCCCCGAGUCCGAUGCAGUCGAGAUCCUCAGCAGCGACAGUGAGGCAGAAGAUUCCGCUGAUGAGGACAAUGAGAACAUCGAAAAUGUCGAUCCCAACUCGAAUGAAGAAGAUCCUGAAGCUGGCUCAGACGAGGAGAUGGAAGAAGCAAAUGACAAUACGGCUAAUCAAGACCAAGACCUAGCCAUGGUCGAUGCUGCUCCUGAAGUUUUGGAGCCCUCGUUCGGAGAGAUGCUCUCUUCAAAACACCCUGAAACAAUUACCAUCAUUGAUGCUUUCGGAACCGACGCAUCCGCACUGGCAGUCAAACCCGGUCUUCCCAGGAUCCCCUCGGGCAUGUCUCUCGGUACUGUUCUCACGCAAUCACUUCGAACCAACGACAACAACCUUCUGGAAGCCUGUCUACACACUCUCGACAUCAACAUUGUCAAGAACACCAUUCAACGUCUCGACAGCUCUCUUGCCGGAAUCCUGCUUUCUAAACUCGCCGAACGACUCUCCAGCCGUCCUGGUCGAUACGGACAUCUCAUCACAUGGGUUCAAUGGACGUGCAUUGCUCACGGCGGAGCCAUUGCCGCCCAACCAGAUGUGAAUGCCAAAGUCCGCACUCUCUACAAUGUCCUCACGCAACGAACCCAAACACUCGACAGUCUUCUCCUUCUCAAGGGUAAACUCGACAUGCUGGACGCGCAACUCGCAUUCCGCAAACAACUUGCUGCCCAGCGACCAGCUACACGUGACGACCAAGACGAACCAGGCGUCAUCUACAUCGAAGGCAAAGACACCUGGGACAGUUCUGACAGCGAAGACCUCGACGAAGACAUUUCCCGCCCAUUGAAGAAACGCGUUCAAGGCCGUGGCAGCGCCAAAGCAACUCGCCGCGCUCUAGAGGAUCUAAUCGACGAUGAUGACGAAGAGUCCGACGACGAAGAUCCUUCACCUCUUCUCAACGGAAACGUCGACUCUGACGACGACGACUCUGACGACGACGAGUCCGAAGACGAUGAUGAGGACGAUCUCGCCGUUAACGGUGGGAAACGCUCACUCAUUGAUAAUGAAGCAGAAGUUUCUGGUGCUGAAGACUCAGAUCCCGACGACCAAGGCGACAGUCUGGGUGAGGACUCUUCAUCCAAAGAUGGAUCUUCCUCCGAUGACGAUGACGAUGACGUUGACGAAGAGGAAGAAGAAUCUGACUCGGAAAUGGACGAUUUCAUCAACGAUGGCGAGAUUUCAUUUGCAGAAGAUGAAGACGACGUCCAUAUUUCCGGCGAUGACGACGACGAAGAGGGAGUAGAUGUCGGUCGAUCGCCUGAGCCGAAAGCCUCUGUAUCAAAACAGAAGAAAAGCUCCAAGAAGACGAGCAGCAUGCGAAAGUGAGAGAUGGAAAACCGACUCGCUUUGGAGGAGCGGACGAGGGUGAGGCUGUCGACUGGACGAGGUUAUGUUCGAGUGAAUUAUUGAUUGCAUAGACUGGUGGUGUACGACAUGUUCUACGGAGAUAUGGUUAAGACCUAUGUAUGGUCGAUCGGCUAUGCGCGAUGCAGAGGCAAGAAUGGUUCCCCCUUUCUAGAGGGAGGCGUCUCGACCAAGACCGACCGUGUGCCUACUGCGUUGCAGAUAUUUGAUGAGGGGUACGAUCUUCCAGCGAGGGAAGACAUGACAGGCUUCGAAAAAGCCCUGUCCUGUAUGCAAUGCUACCACAUACAGCGCGUUUGUUCGAUAAUGAUAUCCGAUUCAGAG